AACAUAUAUAGUAAUUGAAUUAAAUUUCUCUAAUUAGAAACAAAAAAUGUCAACAACAAUUGAUGUGGCAGAAUCAAGCCAUAAUAAUGUUUCAAAGGGAAAAGCAACAAUUGUUGGAACACCAAAGAGGCCAGGUGGAUGGAAAAAAGGAGUGUCAAUAAUGGAUUUCAUAGUGAGGUUAGGUGCCUUAGCUUCCACCAUUGGAGCCAUUGCCACCAUGGCCAAUGCUGAUCAGAGUCUCCCUUUCUUCAAUCAAUUUGUUCAGUUUGAAGCCUCCUAUGACAGCUUCAGUGCUUUCCAGUUUUUCGUAAUUACAUUGGCAUUAGUGAGUGGCUACCUGGUCCUCUCUUUACCUAUUUCUAUUGUAGCCAUUGUAAGGCCUCAUGCAGUUGGUCCAAGGAUUUUCCUCAUCAUCUUAGACACUAUUUUUCUGACUUUAGCCACAUCAAGUGCGGCUGCAGCUGCUUCCAUAGUAUAUCUGGAACACAAUGGAGAGCAAGACCCAAAUUGGUUAGCCAUAUGCAACCAAUAUGGAACUUUCUGUAUGCAAACCAGUGAAGCUGUUAUCUCUUCAUUCUUGACUGUGGUUUCCUUCAUCAUCAUGAUUAUCAUUAAUACUUUGGCCCUUGGGAAGCACUGAUGCCUAAAUUCAACAUUUCCUAGGGGGCUUCCUGCAAAUUAUUAUUAUUGCCUAUGUGUUUAUUGUUAUGUAUUAUAUUGUAUGGUUUAUUUUGUAAUUUCCUAAAAUUUCCUCAUCAUAAGGUUACUUUGUGACGAAUUGUGAGGAUCUUUAUAUUUUCUUGAAGUCAAUGAUGUACCAAAUUCAAUUGGUUAUUGGCUUUUUCUAAUUUGAUGUUGGGUUGGAAUUUGUAUUAUAAGAUUUCUACUUAAUACACACAAGUUU